AAUUCGGGAUCUUUCAAUGUGAAAAUCAUUUCCUUACGCAAUUUGUGUGGCGGUGGGCGGUCCCGUGUUCAAAGGUCAAAUAAAAAAUUAUUUUCCAUAGCUUGUUUUUCUAUGGUUGCUUUAAUGAAUCAAGAAUUCCGCGCCCCUUGAAAAUUAUGUUUUGUUUUAAUUAAUUUUGUUUUUCAGUAUAACCAACCAUUAAUAGUAAAUAAAGGCGGUGUAGCUCUCAGUUGACCUGAAACUAGGAAUCUUUCAAUUUUGAUUAAUGGUUAAUCACCUACUAAUAAGACGGUUCAAUUCCCUAUCAAUUUGUCUAAAUUAGUAUUAGUGUUUUCGACUUAUAUUUUGUCUCGUCUAAACUAAACUGAGUUUGGGAGAAUUACAGAGCAUAUCUUAUCUCGGUAUAAGCUGAGAAAAUUUGACUUCCUCUGUGUUUCUCUGUGUCAGUUAAUUGUUUGUAAUGGGUAUCAGAUGUGAAUUUAAAAAAAAAUAGAUGAGCAAACUGAAUUUAAGAAAACAGCCUGGAAUGGAUGUAUUGGCUACUGAAGUGGAAAGUUGUCUGUGUAAAGUUUUGUCUUGGAAUGGGGAGAAUCAAAUCUCCUACAGGGGGGAAUCAUUCUGGGCCCAUCUGUUAUAGGACGCAGUGAAUCUUACAUGAACACUGUUUUUCCCAAAAGGAGUACCCCUGUUCUUGAAACUGUUGCCAGUAUCGGGCUUCUAUUCUUUCUCUUUCUAGUUGGGCUGGAGUUAGAUUUCGGUGCCAUUAGGCGAACGGGAAGAAAAGCUCUGGCAAUUGCAGCUGCUGGAAUCACUUUGCCGUUUGUAGCUGGGAUUGGGGUUGCUUUUCUACUGAGGUCAACAAUUGCAAAAGGUGUGGAUUAUGGCGCCUUCCUUGUCUUCAUGGGUGUUGCACUGUCUAUCACUGCCUUCCCUGUGCUUGCAAGGAUACUUGCAGAGCUCAAACUUCUUACAAGAGAUGUGGGCCAGAUGGCCAUGUCUGCAGCAGCUGUCAACGAUGUGGUUGCUUGGGUUCUCUUAGCCAUUGCUGUUGCUCUGUCAGGCUCAGGCAAAAGUCCUGUCAUAGCAGUUUAUGUUCUGCUCUGUGGUGUAGCAUUUGUGGCUUUUAUGAUGCUUGCAGUGAAGCCUCUGAUGGCCUACAUGGCCCGCCGGUCACCUGACAAUGAGCCGGUGAGUGAGCUUUUUAUCUGCAUAACACUUGCAGGUGUCCUGGCGUCUGGGUUUGUAACAGAUGCAAUCGGUAUCCACUCAAUCUUUGGAGCUUUUGUCUUUGGAUUGACAAUUCCCAAAGAGGGCCCCUUUGCGGGCAUGCUGAUUGAAAAGAUUGAAGAUUUUGUGGGUGUCCUGCUUUUGCCGCUGUAUUUUGCUUCCAGUGGGUUGAAAACGAAUAUUUCGACUGUUAGCGGUGCUCAAUCAUGGGGUCUCCUUGUUUUGGUGAUACUUACUGCUUGUGCCGGGAAGAUCUUGGGAACUCUUUUUGUUGCUUUAGCCCACAAAGUCCCCUUCCGUGAAGCCAUCACCCUGGGAUUCCUUAUGAACACCAAAGGGCUUGUAGAGUUGAUUGUCCUCAACAUUGGCAAGGAGAGGAAUGUUUUGAAUGAUGAGAUGUUUGCCCUUCUGGUGCUGAUGGCUCUGUUCACAACAUUCAUUACUACCCCACUUGUAAUGGCCGUAUACAAGCCGGCAAGGAAGCAAGCCCCAUACAAGCACCGGAAGCUGCAGAGAGACAAGCCAAAAGACGAGCUCAGGAUUCUGGCCUGUGUGCAUGGUACCAAGAACAUCCCUGCCAUCAUAAACUUAAUGGAAGCCUCCAGAGGAAUCAGAAAGUCUGCCCUGCGUCUCUAUAUCAUGCACCUCGUAGAGCUCUCUGAAAGGUCCUCAUCAAUCAUGCUGGUUCACAAGGCAAGGAAGAAUGGUCAGCCUUUCUGGAACAGAAACAGAUCACAUGAAGACCAGAUAGUAAUCGCCUUCGAUGCGUUUGAGCAGCUGAGCAAGGUGCAAGUAAGACCCAUGACUGAAAUCUCUGCAUUCCAAGACAUGCAUGAAGAUAUCUGCAAUCUUGCAGAAGAAAAGAGGGCUGCAAUGAUUAUUUUACCUUUCCACAAAUACCAACGAGUAGAUGGUGUCCUGGAAUCUGUGAAUGCUGGAAUAAGGACAGUGAACCAGAAUGUAUUGAAGCAUGCUCCUUGCUCUGUUGGUAUUCUAGUGAACAGGGGUCUUGGAGGCCAGUCCCAGCUGGCACCUUCUAGUGUCUCCCAUAUUGUUGCAGUGCUUUUCUUUGGAGGCCCAGAUGACCGCGAGGCUUUAGUCUAUGGCAGAAGAAUGGCAGAGCAUCCCGGUAUAAAAGUAACAGUUAUAAGGUUCCUGCCUGACAGAGAAAUGGAUCACAUUGCACUCAAUUUGACCCCACUUCCCGCACACGAAAAUGAAAACCACUCAGAGUCCUACAAAUUCUCUACUGCAGAGAUGAACAGGGAGCAGGAAAGAAUAUUGGAUGAGGAAGCUUUGUCUUGUAUCACCAAUGAAUUGAACGACUCUGUUCCAUACACUCCCAAGAAAACCCAAGCUUAUGUCGAGGAUGUAAAGGGCUCUAUCUCGUAUACCGAACAGAAGAUCAGUAACACAGUUGAGUCUGUCCUAUCAAUUGGGAAGAGCAACGAAUACAAUUUAAUCCUGGUCGGAAAAGGGCGCUUUCCUUCUCCUCUGGUAGCAGAUUUGGCCGAUAGAACUGCAGAGUGUGCUGAAUUGGGUCCAAUUGGGGAUCUGCUUGCCUCAUCUACCAUUCAAGCCAUCGCUUCAGUGCUUGUGAUUCAGCAGCACGAUCACAUUCACACUGACGAGGUACCAUUCUCAAAGAGCGUGGAAUCCGCAACCCCAUUCACUGUAGCCCUUGAAUAGAGGGUAUUGGUUUUCUAAUGUCCGGUUUAAUGUGUAUAUUAAUGUCGUCGUUUGACCAAUCUUUUCAUUUUCCUGAAGAGACUCCAUUUGCCCUUGUGCAUGGCGGCGCAUAUGGAUUGAUUUAUGUACAAAACUCAUGUCCGAAAUUUUCAUGCAAUCCGACGGAUGUUUUCUUGCGCCGUCCUUGCAAAUUGGUACACAAAUUGGUAUUUUUUUC